AUGCAAACGCCAAGGUGGGCCCGAGCACGCUGCAGGAAUGGCAUUAAAGUCUCUCUUCAGCGCCUCGAAGUUGGCGACAAGGAAGUUUUUGAUGCUAGGCAUGGAAGCAGUGGGGACUGCAAUCUCUUCGCACCUUUGGGCUCUGUCUGUCUAGAAGGCAUGGAAUUCUUUUCCUCCCUAUUGAAGGCUUCGAGCCCGCGGAGGUUGGUUUCUUCCACGCGCUGCUCCACGCUGAAAACGCAGAAUCAGUACACUGCGCAGCCGACCCUCCAGGAAAGGGGACUGGUAAAUGCUUGCGCCUUUGCCAGACAGGUGGCCAUCUUUGUUCUUGGCAAGACUGGACUGACUGACGGUGCCUGCUUGAUUUACUUUAUGCUGUGCGCCGUAUCGUCAAAGCGAAUGACGUCUUAA